AGAGAUGUCUCGGCUUACUGCGAUGUUGAUGCUAAUAUUCGCUAUGUUAGCAAUCGGCAUUGCUACUCCUAUAGUGGUAUUUCGUGGAUACGGUUCUUACGGUCCCGCUUGGAGGCGUCGUUUAUGGCAUGCUGAUGCUCCAGAAUUCGAUGCACAGCUGCAAAGUCUUUUGGAUGAAUGGAGAUGAGCUGAACAUUGAUACGAAACAAGCCAACAACAGCUUUGUGAUAAAUCAACGAAGCUGUGCAAUGUUAAAAACUUCUCCUGCUUUCAUUGAGAUGCAGACAUUAUGCAAAGAUUCCGUUGAGUAUAAACAUUGUUCACGAAUG